AUGCUGGGAUGCGUGACACGCCUCCGUCGGCUGGUCCGUCUCCUCCCUCUGCAGACCUCCCUCCUCCUCCUCUUCCUCUUCUGCACCGUCAGUGUCUUCAUCUCUGCCUACUUCCUCUAUGGCGUCAAGCGGGAGUUGGAGCCGUCGGGAGGGGGCGUGUCGGGGGCAGAGGGAGCCUCCGCCGACUCCGACGACCCCAGGGUCACUCCGUCGCGCCUACUUCCUCUGCGGGGCGUCCCGGGGGGUCCGGGGGCGGAUCCUGGAGGGGCCAGGACAGAUCCUGUGGUUCUGGUGUUUGUGGAAAGCCAGUAUUCUCAACUGGGUCAGGAGAUUGUGGCCAUCUUGGAGUCUGGCCGCUUCAGGUACCGGACUGAAAUCUCCCCCGGUAAAGGGGACAUGCCCACACUGACGGACAAAGAGAGGGGGCGUUUCACUCUGGUGAUUUAUGAGAACAUUCUCAAGUAUGUUAACUUGGACGCCUGGAACCGAGAGCUGCUGGACAAGUACUGCGUGGAAUAUGGAGUGGGCAUCAUUGGCUUCUUCAAGGCCAAUGAAAACAGUCUGCUCAGUGCACAGCUGAAAGGCUUCCCCCUCUUCCUUCACUCCAACUUGGGUCUGAAGGACUGCACUGUCAACCCCAAGUCCCCCCUGCUCUUCAUCACUCGAUCCGGGCAGCCCCUGCCAGGUCCCCUCCCCGGGGAUGACUGGACUGUUUUCCAGUCCAACCACUCGACAUACGAGCCUGUGUUGCUGGCCAAGACCCAAUCAGCUGAGAGCGUGGCAUCAAUGGGGCAGAACGCUGCUCUGCUCCCGUCUGUGGUGCAGGACCUGGGGCUCCAUGACGGCAUCCAGAGGGUCCUGUUCGGCAACAACUUGGUCUUCUGGUUGCACAAGCUGGUGUUCGUGGACGCUGUGGCCUUUCUGACGGGGAAGAGGCUCUCGUUGUCCCUGGAGCGCUACGUCCUGGUGGAUAUAGACGACAUCUUUGUGGGCAAAGAGGGCACACGCAUGAAGGUGCCUGAUGUGAAGGCCCUGCUAGAGACUCAAAGGGAGCUGCGCACCCAUGUGCCCAACUUCACCUUCAAUCUGGGCUACUCAGGGAAAUUCUUUCACGCUGGGUCUGAUGAGGAGGACCUGGGAGACGACCUGCUGCUUUCCUACGUGAAGGAGUUCUGGUGGUUUCCUCACAUGUGGAGUCACAUGCAGCCCCAUCUUUUCCACAACCAGUCCGUUUUGGCUGAGCAGAUGUUGCUCAACAAGAAAUUUGCCAUGGAGCAUGGGAUCCCCACCAACAUGGGUUAUGCGGUGGCGCCCCACCACUCUGGCGUCUACCCUGUUCAUUUGCAGCUGUACGACGCCUGGAAGAAGGUGUGGGGCAUUAAGGUGACCAGCACGGAGGAAUACCCCCACCUGAAGCCCGCCCGCUUCCGCAGAGGUUUCAUGCACAGCGGCAUUAGCGUGCUGCCCAGGCAGACGUGUGGUCUUUUCACACACACUAUCUUCUAUAAAGACUACCCAGGCAGCCCGAACGAACUGGACAAGCUCAUCAAUGGAGGAGAGCUCUUCCUCACUGUUUUACUGAACCCUAUUAGUAUCUUCAUGACCCAUCUGUCAAACUACGGGAACGAUCGGCUCGGCCUGUACACCUUUAAGAGCCUGGUGAUGUUCCUCCAGACGUGGACCAACCUGAAGAUGCAGACCCUGCCCCCCAUCCAGCUGGCCCAGAAGUACUUCAGCCUAUUCCCCUCCGAGAGGGAUCCACUCUGGCAGGAUCCCUGUGAGGACAAAAGGCACAAGGACAUCUGGUCCAAAGAGAAAACAUGUGACCGCUUCCCCAAACUGCUCGUCAUCGGGCCGCAGAAGACAGGGACGACAGCUCUCUACUUGUUUCUUGGCAUGCACCCGGACCUGACCAGUAACUAUCCAAGCAAGGAGACCUUUGAGGAGAUCCAGUUCUUCAAUGGGCACAACUACCACAGAGGCAUUGACUGGUACAUGGAGUACUUCCCUCUGCCCUCCAACACUAGUUCAGACUACUACUUUGAGAAGAGUGCCAACUACUUUGACUCGGAGGUGGCUGCUCAAAGGGCCGCAGCUCUCCUGCCCAAAGCCAAGAUCGUCACCAUCCUCAUCAACCCGGCGGACAGAGCUUACUCUUGGUAUCAGCACCAAAGAGCCCACGAUGACCCGGUGGCAUUGAAAUACUCCUUCCGCGACGUCAUCACCGCAAGCCACGAGUCUCCAGUCAAACUGCGGGUCCUUCAGAAUCGCUGUCUGGUGCCAGGCUGGUACGCCAUCCACCUGGAGCGCUGGCUCAACCACUACCACUCCAGCCAGUUGUUAGUCUUGGAUGGGCAGAUGCUGAAGACUGAGCCCGCUUCAAUCAUGGAUAAAAUCCAGAAGUAUCUGUCCCUGGUCAACGUCAUCAACUACCACAAGAUCCUAGCGUUCGACCCUAAGAAAGGAUUCUGGUGUCAGCUGCUGGAGGGAGGGAAGACCAAAUGUUUAGGAAAGAGUAAAGGUCGCAGGUACCCUGACAUGGACCCUGAGUCCCAGGGCUUCCUCAGGGAGUACUAUAGGGAUCACAACAUUGAGCUGUCCAAGCUGCUCUACAGGAUGGGUCAGCCGCUGCCCAGCUGGCUCCGAGAAGAGCUGGUCCACACCAGGUAGCAGCACCCCAGGGGGAGACCACAGCUCCACACUGAACUCCACCCUGCCAAAGGGACUCUGGUCAAGUGGCCUGCAAUGUUGAAGAUCCCCAAAUAGUUUUGAAAGAGUCUGAAAUAUGUCAAAAUGUAAGGAUGGGAUGCCCAACCAGAACUCAAAUCUUAACUGUGAUCUUCCCAAGUGGAUGAUGAGCAGGAAGAGAGCGUUGUUGCUUUGCGCAGCUGAUGGCGCUCCUCUCUCCCCGGGCAUCGAGAAGCUGUUGCUCCCCUGCGGGACACACCAGGAGCAUGGACACCUGAAAGAUGGCCACCGCCGUGUCCUGCAGAAGAAGGAAAGGCUCAGCGAUGCACAGGAGGGACCUUCAAUGUUUGAUAAUCACAUCCCUGCUCUACUCAAACGUCUUCUUCGCAUGAAAAUCAAAGAAAGGAGAAAAAUACAGGUGGAAGAGAUGAACACAAAAUCACCCUUGUCUCCAGCUAUGAGUUGUGGUGUGUUUGGAUUAAAACAGGCAACAUAACAUUGACUUUAAUAGUUGACAGCCUGACCGACAGAGAGACAUUGAUUCCAAAUGCCUUUGACAUAAGUAAGUGUUUGUUUGAGAGGAGAACGGGACAUCUGGAGUCUUGACUAAGGCUGCAUGUUGUAGCCUUACUCAAUAGGCCUUGGUAGAAUCUAGUUAUUGCAUUUACAAGUGCCAGGACAGAUCAGAAUAUCACCACAUGGACGAUUGGGGGUUAUUUUUCUUUGCAACGUUUUUUUUCUUUUCAUUUCUCAGAUUUUGUUUUAACAUUUCAAGCAGGAACACUUUAGAUGUUGAAAGCACAAUAUUUAAGGAACAUGGAUUCUAAACAUACAGGUUAAUGGAAAGCACAUUUAUAAAAAGGAUCCUACCACAACAUGUGAAGAAGAUCAUAAGCUAGCUACUGUAUGUUUAAUAACACUCUGGUCAGAUAGUGUACAGAACAAGGUUGUGCAUUUCAAAUCCUUUUUCAGCAUUUGAUACUUUUAAUUUGUAUUUUACAUCAGAACUGUAUAUUUUGUCUUUAUAUUUUGUCUCAUUUCAUUUAUUAGAUGAGUUUUUAAAAUUGGGGGAAAGAAGUUGUCUCUGGGAAAAGUUGCCAGGCAACAGUAUGCCCAGUGAGACCAUACAGACGUUUGGUUGUCGAUCGAGGUGUUACCACUGCAACUAGAUGUCAAGCAUAGAUAACAAAAAGCUGCUCUUAUUGCAAUAGUUUUGUACAAUGUUCUGAUGUAAUAACGCACAUGGUGGUCCUUUAUUUCCUGACUUUGUAAUGUACAUAGUAUACGCAACCUUCAGUAGACCUAAAUUAUUGAAUGUGUUUGGGUUUACACUCUCCAUCAGCCCAUUCCCAUAGUGUGAAAUGUCAGUGCUGUACUGAGGGGAGUUUGGAUGACGUCAUCAUGCGGAGGUGUGUCGCUAAGAUUGUUUCCUCUCAUUCCUCUCACUGCCAACCGUUGUACACAGGUACUGAGUCUCUCCAUAUAAAGUAUUACGUGAUAACACAUAACAGCAAUGAUGGUACUAAUCUCCUGGACUGUAUGAUAAAGAUUUGUAAUUGUUGUCAAUAAUUUUUACAGUGUAACUAAUAUUGUCGGUGCUUUUUAAUUUGCAAAUAAAACACCACUGUAUUUUUCAAUAUAUG